UUGAUAGACAGGGACAAACAUUCCCGUCGGCGACGCAUAAAAGUUUUCGGGCGGUAACCGAAAACUACUUACCGUCUUCGUUUCCAUUUCCUUUCUGUUUCCCCGGCAAUGGAAAACUGAGCAUUUAAGACGAGCGAACUGAAUUAUAUUAUCCUCUGCAUCGCCGCAGGCUACUACUUUACUACGGCCAUGCGGCCGAUCAGACUCCCAGAACCACCGGUCAGGUUGGCCGGCGUGCCCGAUAUCUUCGAAGCUGGGUUCUAUGGCGCAAUCAGACGAGCAGUUGUGAUCGGAAACGGUUUCGCCGGCGCAGAAAAUCAGUGCGUCGGCUUGGUUCGCGCAUUGGGCUUCUCCGGCCGUUACUCCUUCUACCGAGUAACUAGACCAAGAGGAGGUUUCAAUAAAUGGCUCCAUUGGCUUCCUGUUUCUAUCCAUAAAAAAUUUGAUCACUACAUUAGGCAAAUUUGUGGCGAUUCGCUGUAUAAGUCGACAUUUGUUGGCAGCGGAGUGACGCCAUUUUCGGCUGAGGCAACAGGCUUGUCUGAUAUUUUAGAAGCUGAUGCAAAGCAGAUCGCAAAUAUGGCUUGUGAGACAUUCGAGAAGGAUGGUCCAUUAUUAGUAGUUGCCUCUGGUCGGGAUACUGUAACAGUUGCAAGCUCCAUUAAACAGUUAGCUCGAGAUAAUGUUUUCGUUGUUCAGAUACAACAUCCAAGGUCACAACUCGACAGGUUUGAUCUGGUUAUUACACCUCGUCAUGACUAUUAUCCAUUGACCCCUCAUGCACAGAAGCAAAUUCCUUGGUUUCUUCGGAGAUGGAUAACUCCACGCGAACCCCCUGGUAGAAAUGUGAUUCUCACGGUGGGAGCUCUCCAUCGGAUUGAUUUUGCUGCACUUAGGAAUGCUGCUUCUGCCUGGCAUGAUGAGCUUGCACCUCUUCUGAAGCCUUUGCUAGUGGUCAAUAUUGGAGGACCUGCAAGCAACUGCCCAUAUGGUGCUGAUCUUGCAAAGCAGUUAGCUUCUAUGCUGCACAGUGUUCUCUGGAGUUGUGGAAGCCUCAGAAUAUCUUUCUCUAGGAGGACACCUGAGAGGGUAUCCAAAAUUUUGAUGCAAGAAUUUAGCUCUAACCCUAAGGUGUACAUUUGGGACGGGAAAGGUCCUAAUCCACAUUUAGGGCAUCUAGCUUGGGCCGAUGCUUUUGUCAUUACUGCUGAUUCAGUGAGUAUGCUAAGCGAGGCUUGCAGUACUGGGAAACCCGUCUAUGUUGUAGGAGCUGAGCGGUGUACAUGGAAAUUCGCUGACUUCCAGAAGUCUCUUCAGGAACGCGGAGUUGUUCGACCAUUCACUGGCAAAGAGGACAUAUUAUCUUCUAGAAGUACUAUUGUUGAUUCCUUCUAUACAUUUAGUAUAACACGAUAUAGAGCUACAUGA